GUGUCACGUGACAUGUCACCGAGGGGGAAUAACAGAUCUGAACAAAGUGAAACAGAACGAAAGUGCGGAGGCUGUUUGAAAAACAACACGUUUACAGAGAAAUGCAUCCGAUGUAUUGGGGAGGACCUUCAUCGUGGAGCGAGACGAAAAACACUGCCAACACAACAAAGGACUUCUUCAGGGGGAAAAAGUGGAAGGUUUUAGACUGUCCACAUCAAUCACCAGACCUUCACCCAGUUCAACAUUUCACUUCCCGAAUAGGAGACUGAAGGUCUACAUUUAUUCUUGAGCAUAGCUUCAAGAAAACAUCACAACCCUUUGAAAAUGAGUUCAUCUGAUGAUAAAGAUGAGAGAUGUCAGAAAGAAAGAUCUGGCUCACCUGAGCCCAGUGUUGUGUCUAUGAAGAGUGACCAGUCAAUGGGUAUGCCAUUAAACCUUCGACAGAACGAGAAAGAAAGUCUGAUUAAAGGAAAGAGUGUUGGAUCUAGGAAGAGAAAGUCAGUGGAUCCUCCAUUUGAACAGGCAGAGACGUCUAAAAAGAAAAAAUGUCAGAAAGAAAGAUCUGACUCACCUGAGCCCAGCGUUGUGUCUAUGAAGAGUGACCAGUCAAUGGGUAUGCCAUUAAACCUUCAAAAGGAGGAUAAAGAAAGAGACAAACAUGGCAUAUCAAAUCCUCCAGUGGGGCAGUUGGAUACUGAACUCCAGCCUCUGAGUCCAGAAUAUCCAGCGGACUAUAUUAGAGUGACAGAGGACAAAGUUCAUCAAAGCAGUUCCAGAGAACCAGACCCUGUGAGGAAGAAAAUAUUCAAAUCCAAACUGCAGAAGAGGUUUCAGAUGAUUAAUGAGGGAAUCUCACUGUAUGGAAACUCAAGACUUCUGAAUGAGAUUUACACAGAAAUGUGUAUUACAUCAGAAUAUGGGUUUGGACACGUCAAUGAUGAACAUGAGGUCAGACAUUUUGAACAGGCAUACAGGAGACUAAUAACAGAGGAAUCCAUCAAUUGUAAUGACAUAUUUAAACCCUUACCUGGAGAUGAGAAACCCAUCAGAACUGUGCUAACAGAAGGCAUUGCUGGAAUUGGGAAAACAGUGUCUGUGCAGAAGUUUGUUCUGGACUGGGCUGAAGGAAAAGCAAAUCAGGAUUUGGAUUUAAUUUUUCCAUUUAACUUUAGGGAGUUGAAUUUUAAGAAGAAAGAAAAUCUCAGUUUGUUGGAACUUCUCCAUUGUUUCUUCCCAGAAACCAAAGAACUUAAACUAGACUAUAAUCACUACAGAAUCAUGUUCAUCUUUGAUGGACUGGAUGAGUCUCGUUUUUCUCUCGAUUUCCUAAGCAGCAAAAGGUUGACAGAUCUAACAGAGUCAGCUUCAGUAGACGUACUCUUAACAAACCUUAUUAACAGGAGUCUUCUUCCAUCUGCAUUCCUCUGGAUAACAUCUCGGCCGGCAGCCUCCGGUCAGAUUCCUCCUGUUUAUAUUGACAGAGUAACAGCGGUACGAGGUUUCAAUGACCCUCAGAAAGACGAGUAUUUCAGAAAAAGAAUCAGUGAUCAAACCCUGGCUGAUAAAAUCAUCACACACCUGAAGUCAUCACGAAGUCUUUACAUUAUGUGCCACAUGCCAGUCUUCUGUUGGAUUGCAGCGACUGUUCUCGAGGGAAUGUUCAGUGAAGCAGAAACUGGAGAGGUCCCCAAGACCCUGACUCAAAUGUUCACACAUUUCCUGAUCUUACAGAUCAAGCGUAGAUCCCUAAAGUACAAAAAACCUGAAAUGGAUCCUGGAGAGAUUAAAGACAUUGUACUAAAACUGGGAAAGCUGGCAUUCCAGCAGCUGGAGAAAGGAAACCUGAUCUUCUACGAGGAAGACAUCAUUGAGUGUGGAAUUGAUGUCCAAGAGGCCACGGUGUACUCAGGAGUUUGUACUCAGAUCUUUAUCGAGGAAGUCAUUUCACAUCUGGGGAAGGUGUACAGCUUUGUGCAUCUGAGUGUUCAGGAGCAUCUUGCUGCUGUGUAUGCAUUUCUCUCAUGUAUCAACGGAAAUCUCUCAAAACAACAAACCCCUGGAAUCUUCGGCCUCUCCAGCAAGGCAACACUGUUAGACCUUCUAAAGGCAGCAGUAGACAAGGCCUUACAGAAUAAGAAUGGACAUCUGGACCUUUUCCUCCGCUUCCUUACGGGUCUCUCACUGGAGUCCAGUUCAGUUCUCUUACAAGACCAACUGACCGAGACAGGACGCAGCUCUCUGAGCAAACAUGCUGCUGUCACAAACGGGGAAAUAACCACAUACAUCAAGGAGAAGAUUAAGAAGUAUCCAUCAACAUGCAGAUCCAUCAAUCUGUUCCAUUGUCUGAAUGAACUGAAUGACCAGUCUCUGGUACAGGAAGUCCAAACCUUUUUGAAUAAAACAGCAAAUUAUUGUCUCCAAGGAGUCAGACUUUCUCCAGUUCAGUGGUCAGCUGUGGUUUUCUUCUUGUCGAACUCAGAAAAGGAGCUGGAAGAGUUCAACCUACAGAAAUAUGCAGCAUCAGAUGAGUGUUUGAUGAAACUGCACCAAGUUGUUGCAGGGUCCAGAAAAGCUCUGUUGUGUAAUGGUAAUCUAACAAAGAAAAGUUGUAGAAGUCUGGCAAAAGGUCUCAGCUCAGUCUAUUCAUGUCUGAGAGAAUUGGACCUGAGUGAUAAUAAACUGCAGGAUCCAGGAGUCAAACUGCUUUCUACUGGGCUGAAGAGCCCACACUGUAAACUGGAGAUCCUAAGGUUGCGUAACUGUAACAUUACAGAAGAAGGCUGUGAGGCUCUUACUGAGGCUCUGAGGUCAAAUUCACGGCUGAGAGAGCUCGAUCUGAGAGAUAAUGAUUUAGGAGAACAGGGGGUGAAGCUGCUCUCUGAUAUAAAGGAGGAUGAAAAGUACACACUGGAGAAGUUGGAGCUCUGAGAUCUUCAGACCUGACCUGGUGUAAGGAUGAAGUCUCGUGGAGAUAACUGCUAACAGAACACACACAGUUACACUUUCUUAGAUCCAUCAUCAUUCCUGAAACACCUGCUUUGUAAUGGCCAGCUUUUCUUGGCGGAUGAGAACAAUAGCUACAUUUCCCACCUUUUUAGCUAAUCAAGCAAACUUAAGUGUUACGUGGUGUUUGUUGUUAGCUUCCAGGUCGACAGAAGAUCUUCCGAUUCAUAAAGAAGCUCAGAAAUAUAAUAAAUAUAGUACAGCUGGAAACCUAGCUACUGAUCGUGUUGGUUGUAGAAGAUUUGUGUGUUUAUUGCUGGUUAGAGAGUUAGAGUUUUAGGUUCAUGAAAUUAAUGGAAAGUGUUAAUGGACUGCUUUUGAUGUUGAAAGCGUGUAGAUUGUUAGUUAGCGAGUGUCACGUUGGAGCUCUUACAGAAAAAAACUCACAAGUGAAAUAAAGUCUGAUGUCAGAACCAGAAGCUUGGCAGAAGACAGAGGUUGGGCAGAUGGCUGAGGGUGGGCAGAAGCUCCUGGUUAGUCAUAUGCCUGAGCUCCUAAUUGAUCAUGGUUGGUCUGAUGCUCGAGUAUGGGCAGAAGUCUGAGGUCGAGCAGAAGCACCUGAUUGGUCAGAUGCUUCAGCAUAGGCAGAAGCCUGAGGAUGGGCCGAAUCAUCUGGUUGGUCAGAUGGCUGAGGUUGGGCAGAAGCUCCUGAUUGGACAGAUGCCUGAGGGUGGGCUGAAGCCUGAAGCUGGGCUAAAAUCCUAUGCCUGGGCAGAAGCUUGAGUUUGGGAAGAAGCCUGAUGUUGGGCAGCUGAUGUUGGGCACUUGAUGUUGGGGCUGCCUAAAGCCCCAUGCUGGUCAGUUCCCAAUAAUGGGUAAAGACUCCACUUCAUGUGUUUUAUAUUGUUUUAUGUGGAGAAAAAAAACACAUGAAAUAUGUGAAAUUAGCUCACAUGUUAAACUCUAAUAACAACUUGUUUGUUCUGUAAGUGUUAGCGAUAGUGAAACGUGGGUUUGUUGUUGAAGAUCUUAGUGUUUUUCAAAUCACAUUUGUAAUGAAAGGUCUUGCAGGUGUUAGUUAGUAGAGUCCUGUGUGAUAGGAGAGUCCAUGUGAGGAGACAGGAAGUGCAGAUUGUCGUACACAGAGUAACAGACGGAAACGUGCUGUAGGUACUGAUGAGUCGAUCAAAGCUCGAACAGCAGGUUUAUGGAAAUGAAAUGCAGUAGCAGGUUAGUGGAUUUAAAAACGAAUAUUCUGAGCUGUCUGAUGGAGUCCUGACGUGUUUCUGGAGACGAAUGAAUUGAAUCUGGAGGAUCCAGAAAGUAAACAGACCUGAUUUCUUUAGUCCUGCGCAGUAAAUGAUAGAAAAGGUGUAGGAAUAAAAGAGACUGAAUAGUUUCCACCAAAAUAUAAUUCAGAGUUUAAUCUGCUUGCUUUCAGAAUAAGAGUGAACAUCAGAAAUGGAUCAUUAUUAGAUAUAUAUAUAUAUAUAUAAGCACCAAACUCUGGUAUAAAAUCAUAAACCAAUAUCAUAUAACUAUAUUACUACAGUUUAUCAUACGCUACUGUAUAUAGCGCACUUAUAAAGCACCUGUGAAGGUGAAUCUCAUCUUUCUCAUUAUUAUAUACAUCUAUUAUCUCGUAUCUCAUGUGGGGCGCAUGUGGUAGAGCGGGUUGUCCACUAACCGUAGGGUUGGUGGUUCGAUUCCCGGCCCGGAUGACUCUACAUGCCGUGGUGUCCUUGGGCAAGACACUGAACCCCAAGUUGCUCCCGAUGGCAAGUGAGCGCCUUGCAUGGCAGCUCUGUUACCAUUGUGUAUGUGUUUGUGUGUGAAUGGGUGAAUGAGACACAGUGUAAAGCGCUUUGGAUAAAAGCCAUUUACCAUUUAUCUAGAUCUGAUUAAUAUUUACUCAUCUAAUACAUACAUCUACAAUACAUAAGAUAUUACACAGGACAGCAGUCUGUAAGAGUAGACUUAACAUCUCAUAACGAUGUGGACAUUUUCAUAAUCAUUCGUAAGAUAACGUAAGAUAUUGACUAUUCUGUACAGAUAUAUUCCUGUGUUGUAUAACCGUACGUUACUCAGUGUGUGAUGUGAUGUAGUUUGCGUUCUGCCGAUAUAAGAUGUGCAAGAUGUGCAAGUUCCUUUUAUAUAGCUUACCAGCUUUGAUCUGUGUUUAGCACCAUGUGUAGGACUUCACACAGUUUUUCCUGCUCUAACACACACUCCUGAACGUCUCUGCUGUGCUCAGUACCACUGCACUGUCCCGCUCCUUCAGGAUGAAGUUGGAUGUGCAGUAUGCUGUAAGUAAUAUGUGGGUUUAGAUGAAACGGUUUUAAAACAAGCUCUGAAUUACACCAUUUCCAAUAUCAGUGCUGUGUGUUAUGUGUCUGUAUAUAUUUUUUACUGAUAUGGAAGCAUGAUAUGAUGUAUCAUUAUGAGUGUACAACCACCACAUUCGUGUGUGUGUGUGUGUGUGUGUGUACACCAAUCCUUCUAUUCAUGUGUCUUGUUUCUGGUUGUGACCCUAGCGUAUUAUCUUUUGGGGGGAUUUUUUGUCUCUGACCCACUGCCUGUUCUCUGUUUAGAUUUUUUUUUUUUUUGUCUAGUGAUUAGGAUUUGUUUGCCAGCUGUUUUAAAUAAACACACACUCUGAAAUGUCCGGAACAUUUCACACAGUAUCAUGAAGCAGUAAAGUAAAAUUCCCUUUUUUUGUGUGUGUAAUAACUAAUAAACUCUUCUCCUGAAA